AGAGGAUUGUUCUAUCGUAGCAGGACAGAUUUUGGUCGAUUGAGUCUAUCAGGAGUUGCAUUUGUGGUUUAUUUCUUCCAGAUAGUUUGUACCAUAAUGAGUGUACGGACAUAUAAUCCCUCAGUUCUCAUAGGGAACUGGAAUGAAGAUAUUUGCUUGCAAGAGGAUAAGCUCAAAGAUUUUCUUGAGAAGAAAGAAAGUGGAGAAUUACUGAUACAAAAAGCCAGCAAUCUCCUUCAAAAUAUACUCAAAAAGGUCAAUCUGUCGGUAUCUCAAGAUGGUUAUCUUCAUUAUGGUGACACAGUGUGUAUCUUCAAUCCAGCAACAGAGGCAGCACUUUCAGCAAAUAUGUCUGAAAGCAAAAUGCAUGACGAAAAGAGACUCGUGGGGCCAUGUGAUGUGUCAGCUUCAAAGAUGACAGAUCCUUGCAUUCGAAAUACUUUUAUCAUAGGGCCAAGAGCAGAGGGUGAUGGAGUGUUAAGAUUUAAUGAGCCAUUCACACUGAGAACUUUACCUGGAGUCGGAGGAGAGCUCAAAUUAAUGAGUGACAGAAUAACAUUUAAUGAAUGUGCAAAGAAGUCGAGGCAACAGCUGGUUACCCUUAAGGAAGAUAUGACAUUCAUGUCUUGCUGGAAAAUCCUUUGCCAUGACCCUCAGCAGCGUCUAGAGACAGAAGGAAUGCCUGUCCCGGCAAACACGAAAGUCAUUCUAAACCACGUGAAAACCAAUCAGAACUUGGCCGCCUUGACGGAGUUUUCUUUCCGAACGCCGUUUGGAAGAGAGUUUGAGGUGGCCGCCAAAACUGAAGUAGAUUCUCAUAAGGCAGAAAAACCGUGUAAUCACUGGGUGUUUAGAACACGAGAAGUACAAGAUGCAGCGAGAGAGCACGAGUUAGAAAGAGAACAAGAAUUUAAAGAUUUACUUACAAGAGAACAAGCUGCCGAGGCCGAGGUAGCCGCUGCCCCUCCUGCAGAUGAAGCACCUGGUGCGUCUCAGGAUAAUCAGCCAGGGGGGAGCAGUGAACGUGCUCAAUAAAACCGUCAACCUUCUUGAUGAUAUGUAAUUUCAUAGCUGUUUAUAAGUACUUCUUAGUGUAUUAAAUUAAAGCGUGUGAUAUAACUUAUUGGACUUACUUAAAGAUUUAAAAUGAUUUAAGUUCUAUUAACGUAAAUCUAAAAUCAUUGGAAGACUAUAUAGAUUCGUUCUUUAAACCCUUGUUAAUGUAUCGUUCACCGCACUCGGUGAUUCUUUAUUGAAUUAGUUACAUAGCAGUUGGAAUUGUUUUCGUUUUCUUUUUUGCUUUUUUGUCAUUAGUCUCAGUCGAUUUCGUGACUAUUAAAGGCGAUAUUCAGGCUUAAUCCUUAUAGUUUGUAAACGUUCACUUUCAUUUGAAUUCUUCUUUGCAUUUUGAAGAACUUGCUAUUUCAAUCAAGCUUGUGUGAGUAAAUGAACUUAACUGUGCCAGAAUCAGAUAAAUUCAAUGAAUUGUACACUAGAUUAUAGUAAAAAAAAAAAAAAAGAAAGAAAAGUUCAAUAACUACGAAGUACGAUUUUGUUACUAGAUUUGAAACUGUACAUAGAAUAUAUGAUCCACUGCUUUGGGCAACAAAAGUA